UUGGAAUGAUAAAAUAAAAAUUGUUGGAUUAAUUAUAGUUAGAUAUAUAUGGCUUAUGAAAUGCAUCAAUCAGUAUCUAUUGGGCUGUCAGAUUACUCUAAAUUGGGUCAGAAAAAUGUUGAUUUUGGCCCAAAAUGUUUUAAUCAGCCUUUCAGUUUCUAUUGCCAGGCCCACAAAUCCUUCACAUUUUACGGGGCAUCGAUAUUCGACAGAGUUUGCACAUAAGCUCGUAAAAAAUGGAGGAAGAAAUCCAAGAAAGCCAAUAACUGAAUUAACGGCAACUAGGCCGGAUUUCGAGAACUUCUCUGAUAACUGUUCGUCGAAAAUGGCCAAAGCGCUACUGAGCUUUCACCUUCACAUUGAACCUACUAUUUCACAAUGUCACAUGGUUCCUGCAAAAACCCGAGCUACAAUAAAAACCCAGAACCAUGAACCUAGAAUCAAACGCCACGAUUCAAAGUCAAGCACCACCUCAGUAGAUAGAAGACUGGUUAGGAGAGUGGAAAAUUCAGUUCCAUCCAUUAGAAGACUGCUGUCUUGUGUAAAUUCGGGCUGUUCGGAGACUGCCUUCCAAAUGUUUGAGACAAUGAACAAAUCAAGCACUUUCCUCUGGAAUGUGAUGAUCAGGGGACUAGUUGAUUCUGGAUUGUUUGCAGAAGCGAUUGGAUUUUAUUGUCGGAUGCAAAUUGAAGGGAUCAAAGCUGAUAAUUUUACUUUCCCGUUUGUGAUCAAAGCGUGUGCUGGGGUUUUUGGUCUGAAGGAAGGGCAAAAAGUUCAUUCCACGAUUAUAAAGCUUGGACUUGAUGUAGAUAUCUAUAUAUGUAAUGCGCUUAUUGUGAUGUAUGCUAAGGUUGGUUGUAUUGAGGAUUCGAAGAAAGUUUUUGAGUAUAUGCCUGUUAAGGAUUUGGUUUCCUGGAAUUCGAUGAUCAGUGGCUAUGUUUCUGUUGGGGAUGGCUGGAGCUCCUUGAUAGUUUUCCGAGAAAUGCAGAAAUUUGGACUGAAACUUGAUAAGUUCAGUUAUAUCAGUGCUUUGAGUGCUUGUGUGCUCGAGCUCUGUUUGUUAAGUGGAAAGGAGAUAUUUUGCCAUGUGCUUAGAAAUGGGCUUCAACUAGAUUCGAUGAUUCAGAGCUCACUAAUUGACAUGUUUGGGAAAUGCGGUGAGGUGGAUUAUUGUGAGAGGUUCUUUAAUAGAAUUUCACAAAAGAAUGUGGUUGUUUGGAAUGCAAUGAUUGGUUCGUAUGUACUGAAUGAUGAAUUCUUAAAAUCAUUUGCUUGUUUGGAGAAAAUGCAAGGUGAUGACAAUGUGAGACCGGAUGCUAUCACAUUGAUUAACUUGCUCCCAGCCUGCCCAAAACUUGGAGCUCUUUUACAUGGCAAGGCCAUUCAUGGACAUGCAAUUAGAAACAGAUAUCUGCCUCAUUUAAUACUGGACACUGCUCUGGUUGACAUGUAUGGUAAGUGUGGGAGAGUAGCGCUUGCUAAAUGUGUGUUUUUUCAGAUGAAGGAGCGAAAUUUGAUAUCAUGGAAUGCCAUGAUUGCAGCUUACGUGCAGAACUCCAAAAACAGAGAGGCCAUAGAAGCAUUUCGAUGUUUGGAACAUGAGCCUUGUGAACCUGAUGAGAUGACAUUUACGAGUAUACUAGCUGCCUACUCCGAAAUAGCCUUACCAAAGGAGGGAAAACAGAUACAUUGUCAUAUCUAUAAAUUGGGAAUUUCUUCAGGUACAUUCAUCUCCAAUGCAAUGAUUCAUAUGUAUGCGAAAUGUGGCGAUCUUGAGGCUGCACGAAAUUUUUUUGAUCAUAUGUUGUUUAAAGAUAUCAUUUCAUGGAACACCAUCAUCAUGGCUUAUGCUGUUCAUGGGUUUGGAGCAUAUUGCUUCAGGCUGUUCUUUGACAUGAUGAAUGACGGCAUGGAACCAAAUGGAAGCACAUUUGUUUCUGUUUUGUCGGCUUGUAGCAUUGCUGGCCUCGUAGAUGAAGGUUGGAAGUAUUUUGAUUCAAUGAAGAGCGAUUAUGGAAUUGAUCCUGGAAUUGAACAUUAUGGAUGCAUGCUUGAUCUGUUAGGACGUGUGGGUAAUCUUGACCACGCUAAAAGAUUCAUAGAGGAAAUGCCAUUGACACCAACUUCCCGAAUAUGGGGAUCUCUAUUGGUUGCGAGUCGACAUCACAGAAAUCUUGAACUGGCUGAGAUAGCUGCAAGCCACAUUUUAUCUUUAGAUAAUGAUUUUACUGGAUGCUAUGUCUUGCUCUCUAACAUGUAUGCUGAGGUUGGAAGAUGGGGCGAUGUGGAGCGUGUCAGAUAUUUGAUGAAGAAACAAGGGCUGGAGAGAACCACCGGGUGCAGCAUAGUUGAGUGCAAUGGUAAAACUUACAAGUUCACCAAUCACGAUAGAUCACAAACUGAGAGUAACAUUAUCUAUGCUGUCCUUGAUAUUCUUUCUAGGAAGGUAGGUGAAGACCUGUAUGUUCAUAGUGCCUAUAAGUUCAAGCUACCAGAUUUACUGAGAUCAAGAGCCAAUUCUCCCAUGCGCCACAGUGUGAGAUUGGCUAUUUGUUUUGGUUUGAUUGGCACGUCUAUUGGGGAACCCGUGGUUAUUAGAAAGAAUAUAAGAAUAUGCGAAGAUUGUCAUCAUGCUACUAAAAGGAUCUCGGAGAUUACUAACAGAGAGAUAGUAGUAGGAGAUUCAAAAAUAUAUCACCAUUUCAAGGACGGACGCUGCUCAUGUGGAGAUUACUGGUGAUUGUUGUCUGUUGCCAAUUGGAGUUUAUUACUGAAACACCAGGUACUGCCAUAGUGAUAGAAUUAGGCAAAUAGCACUGGUUAUUAUAUUUUUCUAAAAUUAUGG